AUGGCCAUGUCCACAACCAAGCUAGUUGUCUCCACUGGAAUUGUCUCGACUGGAGCUCUUUUGGGAGCAGCAUCUUGGUACAUGAAGGGGGUCUCGUCUGUGGGACCGUCUGCAACGCUUCAGAGCGUAACCGAAAAGGAUGCCUAUGUAGACACAUUCUACUACAAGCUACCGUUGGCAAAGAGUCCAAAGUUGUCGGCUUCGAUACUGGCAAAGUCUCUUUAUUGCUCCCCUUCGUUUCUACCUGAGAAGAUUCUCCUUUCGCUAAGCGGUCAGUCGUUUCCGAAAGAAUCUGAAUACGACAGCAGCCUUGCAAUCGAACCCGGGACAAAAAUUGCACAGUGGACUGUCGAUACAGCAAGAGAUGAAGAACUGCUGAUGACUUGGCCUGGGGGAUACACAUAUCUGAAGGCCAACUAUCUUGCAGACUCCUGCGAACUAGAAUUUUGGUUCGGUUCCAACCUGUCGGCAAAGUUAAGCGCCUCGCCCAUGGUUCGUGCAACGAUGCCAUUUCAUGCUUGGUACUCGCGGAUACUCUGCAAGAACGUUGCUGUGACAAUGACAGAGUACUUGAAGACUAAAUGA